UGAUAAUGAUAAUAAUAAUAAUAAUAAUAAUAAUAAUAAUAAUAAUAAUAAUAAUAAUAAUAAUAAUAAUAAUAAUAAUAAUAAUAAUAAUAAUAAUAAUAAUAAUAAUAAUAAUAAGGACACAGAUAUUUUAGCAGUGGACACUUAUGCUAACUUCUCACAUUCCCUCACUGAGAGUGUGACAUUAUUUAAAAUGAAGAAUAAUUUGACAAGGUGA